CACUCAAAUCCAAAGAAAAAAAACCACUAUUUUCGAUCCACAAACCAGUAUGGAAACAACACAAAGUAGCAACAUCAACACAACACAAUUUUCAAGGCAAAAACAACUGUCAAGAGCACCAGAAAAAAAACUAACCCUCUUUGCCCUAAGGCUAGCUAUUCUUGAGAAAGCAGCCACAGGGUUAGGAACGCUAGGUUUUAUCUGGGCCACGGUGGUUUUGUUAGGUGGGUUUGCUAUAACCAUAGACAAGAUAGACUUUUGGUUAGUAACUAUCAUUCUUUUGGUUGAAAGUACCCGGAUUUUUAGCCGGAGUCAUGAGCUGGAAUGGCAACAUCAGGCCACUUGGUCGCUAGCCGACCCUGGAGUCAGUAGCUUUCAUGCCAUAACGUCGAGCUCGUUGUUCCAUCCUCGUCGAACCCACGAGAGUCCAAAUAACAGAAAGACACCAUCGCGGACAUGGAUAAGUUCUGAUGUUCCUCUUCUCCCAUACGGAAGAUGGAUCUUCGUAUCAAGCAACAUGAGUAAGCUUCUUUACUGGUUGCAGUUAGUAUCUGCAGCAUCUUGUGUGUUCAUUUCUGUCACACGACUUGUGAAUCAUAACUUUGAUGAAGUGAGCGACGACUUAGAUAAUCAUAAAUUGAAUCGAGCAUCGGCUCUUUCGAUCUUCUACGGUUUGGCCUUGGCUGAGGCUAUGCUAUUUCUGUUGGAGAAAGCAUACUGGGAAUGGAAUGUGAUGUACAAAAAGAUGCUGGAAACGGUGAACGAAGAACUUGAAUUGGGACACACGGGUAUGGUAUCCAUUCGAAGGUUUUUCUAUGAUUCGUAUUCGAAAAGUGUUAAUCGAAGCAUAUUCGAUGGAUUACAAAUGGACAUGGUUUCUUUCGCUAUGGAGCUUCUCAACUCCAAUUCAUUGGACGAACAACUGAUUGGUGUUCGAAUAUUUGAAAGGUUCACUACAAAUUCAAGAUUUUCUCAAUACACACUUCAGAAAAUCGGAAUCACCAUAUCAGUAAUGGAACGAUUAGUCGAAAUGCUAAACUGGAAAGACCCACAAGAAGAGGAGAUACGCUUGUCCGCCGCGAAGAUCAUCGUUAAACUCGUCCGUAAAAAACAAAACGCCCUUAGGGUCACCGGAAUCCCAGGAGCCAUGGAAUCAAUAUCAUCACUACUACACUCAGGCGAAGCUUGUAAAACCGAACUCAUCCGAGAUCAUGGAGAAUACGAUUUCUGGGCCUUCAACCAACUUGGACUUCUAAUCCUUAAAAAACUAGCUCGUGAUCAUGACAAUUGCGGCAAAAUAGGUAACACAAGAGGCUUGUUAAGGAAGAUCAUUGACUUCAUGCAAGCUGAUGAACGUUUGUUGAAAGACAAACGUGUCACACAAUCUCAAAUAUCCACCGUUAAAAGAUCGUUACAAGUUGUUAAAAUGCUAGUAAGUUCUACUGGUGUUACGGGUGCACAACUUAGAGCAGAAGUUUCAGAACUUGUGUUUACAAUUAGUUACAUCCGGGACAUAUUAAAACAUGGUGAGAAUCAUCCGCGGUUGCAGAAGCUUGGGAUCGAUAUUUUAACGAGUUUGGCGUUGGAAGAGGAUGCGACUGAACGGAUUGGAGGGACUGGUGGUGUUGUGAAAGAACUGUUUAAUAUUUUCUUUAGGGAAGAAGUUCUUGAAGCUCAAAAUCAUGUGAGAAUUGCAGCUGGUGAAGCACUUGGGAUGUUGGCAUUUGAAAGUAAUCGAAAUUGUCAUCGUAUGUUGAAGUUGAAUGUUGUUUACAAACUUAGUGACGCCUUGGACAGCCCAUUGCUCCGAGUAAACGCUGCUAGGAUUUUGCGGAAUUUGUGCGUAUUUAGUGGAGCUGGUUUCUUUGAAGAACUAAGAACGAUAAUAAUAAGAGCAGCACCUACGGUACUACAAGAAAUUAUGAUCACAACCGAGAUUAAGUUACAAGAAGUGAUGGUGGGAUUAGCAGCACAUAUGUUCAAAUUCAUGACAUACGAAGAAACUAAUGCCAUGUUCAAAAACAGCAAAAUACAUGAUGAGGAAUUAGCAUCUACACUUGUUCAGAUUUUAAGAAAGUACCGAAACCCAAAUACUAAAACUCCGCGAAUUCGAAGAUAUGUUAUUGAACUCGCGAUCUGGAUGAUGAAGGAUAACAUUAAAAAUAUCCAGGCAUUCAAGAAUUUGGGCAUGAUGGAAGAACUUGAAGGUGUUACAGAAACAACAUCGGAAUUAGAAAGCUUCAAUAUUUUCUCUGGUGCAAUUGGAUUGAGUAGAUACAAAAUAUCAAUUCAUUCGUUGGUUGAAACAGCAACAAAGUUAAUGACGGAUCAUAGCUAGUUAAGUACGUAAUGUGCAUGGCUAAUGGCUUGUGUAAUACGUAGUAUUGGAAAAAUGGAAGCUACCAAAUUAAACAUGUAAAUAUGGAUAAACAAAUAAGCUAA